UCCGGAAGCUGCUACACCUGAGCUGCGCGGGUCCGCUCACUGGCCUUAGGAAUAGGCGGGUCUCUUCUCUGCGCGGGUCGCGUUCGCCAUCAUGAGUAGCGAGUUUCUGGCGGAGCUGCACUGGGAGGAUGGGUUCGCCAUCCCCGUGGCGAACGAGGAGAACAAGAUUCUGGAAGAUCAGUUGUCAAAGCUGCAGGAUGAAAAGUCAAGCUUGCAAGAUCAGCUACGUGACUAUGAAGAUCGAAUUAAUGCUAUAACUUCUCACUUAAAAAAUGUUAGACAAGAGUUCUCAUUUACACAGGCUCUUUGCAAAGCCAGGGAUCAUGAGAUUGAAAGUGAAGAACAUUUGAAGAUCAUUGCUGAAAGAGAAUUGGGUCGAGUGAGGAAUGAAAUCCAACGACUGGAAAAUGAAAUAGCUUCAAUACGGGAAAAGAAAAGUGAUAAGGAAAAUAACAUAUUUAAAUUUACUCAAAAACUGGAUGGUUUGAAAUGCCAAAUGAACUGGGACCAGCAGGCCCUGGAGGCCUGGCUAGAAGAAUCCGCUCACAGGGAUAGCGAUGCCCUCACUCUCGAGAAGUACGCGCGGCGGGAUGAUGACAAAAUUAGGGCACUGACCCUGCAAUUAGAAAGACUGACUCUGGAAAGUAAUCAGAAAAGAAAGGUACUUGACAACGAACUUACAGAGACUCUAAGUGCGCAGUUAGAAUUGGAUAAAGCAGCACAAGAUUUUCGUAGGAUUCAUACUGAAAGACAAGAACUUAUUAAACAGUGGGAGAGCACAAUAGAACAGAUGCAGAAGAGAGAUCGAGACAUUGACAACUGUGCCUUGGCAUUAGCAAAGAUAAAGCAGGAAGUAAGAGAAAAAGAAAGUGUGGUGAAGGAAAAGAUCAAGUUCCUGGAAAAUGAGAUUGGAAAUAACAUAGAGUACGAGAAAAGAAUUUCUGUUGCUGAUCGUAAAGCUUUAAAAUGCAGAAUGGAGUAUCAGCAGCAUGAAGUUAAUAGGAACCAGCUGAAGGAUGAGCUGGAUUCUUUAAAAGCCACCGUGAAUAGAAGUUCCAGUGAUGUGGAAGCUCUGAGGAAAAAUAUUUCCAAAGUAAAGAUAGAUAUUCAUGAUGAAACAAUAAGGUUGCACAGAAUCAAAAACUGUAAUGAGAUUGCCAGAAACAAACUAUCGCAGAUAACGGAGAAAACGAUGUCAGCGGAGGAGAAAGCGACGAACCUGGAAGACCUGCUGAAGGAAGAGGACAGGAACGUGAAGGAAGUGGAAAUUCAAUUGAACAUAUUGAAAGGUGUGCUAUUUAAGAAAGUUAAUGAGUUACAGACUGAGACAAUGAAAGAAAAAGCUGUUGUAUCAGAAAUCGAAGGAACCCGUUCCUCUCUAAAGCACCUCAACCAACAGUUACAUAAACUGGAUUUUGAAACCUUGAAGCAGCAAGAAAUUAUGUACAGUCAGGAUUUUCACAUUCAACAAGUGGAACGCCGAAUGUCACGGUUAAAGGGAGAAAUUAAUUCAGAAGAAAAACAGGCUCUCGAAACAAAAGUUAUUGAACUUAAAAAGACGUUGGAAGAGAAAAAAACUACAUUUGGCAUUUUGGAAGCACAGAUCAAGAAGCUUCAUAAUGAUCUUUACUUUAUCAAGAAGGCUAACAGUAAAAAUUAUGAUGAAAAACAGGCUCUCACGGCCAAAAUAAAUGAACUAAACCUUUUCAAUGACAGAUCAGAGAAAGAACUUAAUAAAGCUCAAGCUUUUAAACAGAGUUUGAUGAUAGAAGACAAUCUCUUAAAACUUGAAGUUAAACGUACUCGUGAAAUGCUUCACAGUAAAGCAGAAGAAGUUCUUUCUCUGGAAAAAAGGAAACAGCAAUUACAGACAGCUAUGGAAGAACGAAAUGAAGAAAUUAAGGUUCACAAAACAAUGCUUGCAUCACAAAUAAGAUAUAUUGAUCAGGAACGGCAAAACAUAAGUGCUGACUUUCAUGAGCGGCUAAGUAAAAUCGAUAAGCUGAAGAGCAGAUAUGAAAUCCUCACGGUUGUCAUGUUGCCUCCUGAGGGAGAAGAGGAGAUGACACAGGCCUACUAUGUGAUCAAGGCUGCUCAAGAGAAAGAAGAACUUCAAAGGGAAGGUGACAGUUUGGAUGCUAAGAUCAAUAAAGCUGAAAAAGAAAUCUAUGCUCUAGAAAACACCUUGCAAGUGCUGAGCAGCUGCAACAACAAUUACCAAAAAUCUUUUCAAAAAGUCACUCCAUCUAGUCAUGAGUAUGAACUAAAAAUCCAACUAGAAGAACAGAAAAGAGCUGCUGAUGAAAAAUACAGAUACAAACAAAGACAAAUCAGAGAGCUACAGGAAGAUAUCCAGAGCAUGGAAAAUACUUUAACAGUUAUAGAACAUUUAACAAAUAACGUCAAAGAAAAAUUAUUAGAGAAGGAGGCUCGUUCACUUCAACUAAGUAGAGAAAUUGAGGACCAGAAGCCAAAAUUAGAGAGAGUAACUAAACAGUGUGCAAAACUCACCAAGGAAAUCCGUCUUUUAAAAGAAACAAAAGACGAAACACUAGAAGAAGACGACAUCAAGCUCCGUGAAUUGAAAGAGUUUCACAAGAGCAUCGAUGGAAUGUUAGUCGAUGUCACAGGACAUGCUGAGCUCCAUGCUAUCCUUCAAACAUACUUUCAACAGAAAGGUUUGGAGCUGCCUGCAGCUCGCACUAAAGGGAGUGGUCAGAGCUCUCGAUCUCCGUCGCAGACUUCACUGUUAUCACUGAGGUCAUCUAGUUGUACAAGUACUUCUGCUUCUCAGACUUCGAUUAAAGUGUUAGAGCUAACCUUCCCAGCCUCUUCUUCGCCAACCAACAGCACUGUUAGGCCAGCCAGUGCUAGCAGUAGUUCCAGUAGUAAAAGCAAAAAGAGCAGCACGUAAACAUUUUAAUCUCUUUUGAACACAUUAUAAACACAAAAAAACAAAAAUUUCACUUUUAAAAUAGUCAGUUCCACUCUAUGCUUUUGGGUGCUGUAUGAUCAUAUAGAGUUCUACUGAAAUAGUUAGAAAAUGAAAUGACCAGACAAGUUUUAUCCAGUGGAAAAUGUAAAAACUGGUAGUUAAAAGUCAGGCCAACAAAAUGUUUAAUUUUCUUACCCUUUUUCCUAUUAUCUUCUUCACAUAGAAGGAAAGCAGUAAUACCUGAUUUUAAGGUUACAUUACAUAAGCAUAGGGAAAAUGUUUUUCACUGUUAUUUUUAUGUCUUUUAUAAUAGAAAAUAGUUCAUUUCUUUAUUAUUUCAUGCUAGCCAUGCAACUACACUCAGAAGAAAUUUUUAAAGAUUCAUAAAGAGUUGAUAACACUACUGAAAUUCUCAUUUACCCUAUAAGAUCCUGAAAUUAAGUUUUCUUUAUCCAAAGAAAUAUACUUCCCAGACUUUUGGGGGAGAAAUCUGUUAGUUUCUUUGGUAUAAAUAAAAAAAAUUUAACCAAAAAAUAGCAUUACCCUCAUCCCUCCACUGAGAAAACAAUUGAUGGGAAACAAUGUACAAUAAAAAUGCAGCUCCAAUUUUUAGGAAUCACUUUAACUCUCAUCUUGAAAAGAAGUCAAACACAUGAAAGAUUUGCUCUCAAGAUAGACAACCAAGCAUAAAGAAUAAGAAUGUAUUUUCAAUAUUUUCUUGAUUUAAUAAACAAUAUAAAGAAAACUGGGUGUGAUUUGAUUUGUUAUAGGAAUGCUAAAAUUUAGAGAAGAUAGACCACCAGAUAUGUAAUUAGUUACUCCAGUUAACAUUUCCUUAUAACAUGUCCCCAACACUUUGAAUUCCUGUAGUACUGUGGAGUAUGAACACAAUGUUAUUAGUUUUCAAAUAAAUGUAUUAGAAUCUAA